CAUGAACGACGUCAUUCUCGGGUGUGCGCACGGCCUCGCAAGUAACUGAUCAUGAAGAUCACUUUACGGAAAAUCAUUCUUUUUUAUUUCACCAUCAUAACGGGCAUUUCCAGCUGUUUUCGCAACGAUUUGAAUCCGGAGGACAACCGAGACAUCCCAGCGAUCGCCAAAUAUUUCAGCACAAAAGGGAGGUAUGAGGAAGUGAACCCGUACCUCAUAGAGGACAUAUUUGCUGUAAACAGAUCUAUGUUACAGCCUCCAUCUGCAGAAUGUCGCGAAAUCCAUCUGACAGCCAUAAUAAGACACGGAACGAGGUACCCGACGACCAAAAACGUCAAAAAAAUGCAGAAGCUUUACGACCUGGUCCGGAGCAGUAACCCUUCCAAAAAGAGCUGGCUGCGUGAACUCCAGACCCAGUGGACGAUGUGGUACACUGAGGACAUGGACGGCCGACUCGUCCAGAAAGGUGUGAACGAUCACAAGCAUCUGGCUGUCAGGCUGUCAAAGUUGUUCCCCUCGCUGAUUUCAGAGGAGAAGCUGCGGGGUGGAUUCAUCAAAUUCAUAACCAGCUCAAAGCACAGAUGUGUCAACAGCACGCUGUCCUUCAAGGCAGGACUGACAGAGCACUGGAAUAUUAAAGAUAUGGAGUUUGAUCAUGCAGUGAACGAUGCUCUCAUGAGGUUUUUUGACACGUGCACCAGGUUUGUGGAGGAAGUUGAUAACAACCCAUCAGCUAUGACAGAAGUGGACAUGUUCAAGCAGGGCCCAGAGAUGAGGAGGGUCCAGCAGAAAAUCGCAGACCACCUCAACAUCUCAUACAGUCUCAUCACAGAUGAUAUGGCUGAAGCUGCAUUUUACUUGUGCGCUUAUGAGUUUGCCAUCAAGACUGUGAACUCUCCGUGGUGUCGUCUCUUCGAUGAGGUCGACGCACAGGUACUGGAGUAUGCAAAUGAUUUGAAGCACUUCUGGAAAAGAGGCUAUGGUUAUGACAUUAACAGCAAGUCAAGCUGUAUUCUCUUCCACGAUGUGUUCAGCCGUCUGGAUAAAGUAGUCGAAGAAAACAAGUCAGGCCAACAGGUGGCCGAAGCUGUUACAGUCCAGGUGGGCCAUGCGGAAACGCUCCUGCCACUGCUUACACUUCUGGGCUUCUUCAAGGACAGCGAAACGCUGACGUCAACCAACUUUGCUACACAGGCCCAUCGUUCCUUCCGCACCAGCCUUAUGUUGCCCUAUGCAGCUAACUUGCUCCUGGUGCUCUAUGACUGCGGGGGAGGCAACCUCAGACUGCAGCCACUGCUCAAUGAGAAGUCUGUAACUUUCCCCGGUUUGACUGAUCGGGCCUCCAUGCCGCUCUAUCGAGAUGUCUUAGAGCACUACAAGGAUCUGCUUCAAGGCUGCGACUUUGAGACUGAAUGUCAGCUUUUCAAGCAGCCUGUUGAAGUUUAAGCAGGCAGGGUAUUUUCUAGAAAGGAAGGCAAUAUUAUAUGGUAUUAUCUGAGUCUGAAUAUGUCUGCUGUGUAAAUCAUGAAUAUUUCACUGUUUAACGUGGUCCUUUUUUUUCUGAAUAGGAGCAAUACGGCAGGAUUUUUACUCUAACAAUCUAGUGUCUCUUAAACAGCCAGUGACCUCAACCUACAAAAUGAAUUUCAAUUUCAAGUUAACAUAGUAUAAUAAAUAUUUUUUGCAAAGCUACCUUUCAUCACUGCAUUACAUGCAUUAAUGAAAAAAAUAAUUUUUGCAGUGUAAACACUUAUGUUUUACAUAAAAGGCUGCCUGCUUUCUGCAAUGGAAAGCUAUUUUAAAUGUGCUACCAUUUGUGGUCAAGCACACUCAGGACAAGGUAUACAGUAUUUAAAAAAAAAAAAGGUUUACCUUGUAUAACUGUGAUAUAUGUGGGUUAAUUUUAUAAACUCCCAUUAAAGACAAACAGUAUUCAACAACUGAUCUGCUGUUAGCCAAA